AUGUCGAAGAAUCUUUCCAGAAAAACAAUCAGUGAAUUUAUCAUCACAGGAUUUGACAAUUUUGAAAAACCAAUGACUGUUGGAAUUGUCAUCCUUACCUUAUAUCUUCUUGUAAUGCUUGGGAACCUGACAAACAUAUGUGUUAUUGCCAUGGAUAAACGUCUACACCAGCCAAUGUAUCUCUUCAUCUGCAAUUUAGCAAUUGUGGACAUGCUCUAUUGUUCAUGUUCAUGUCCAACAAUGGUAGGAAACCUUUUAGUUGGUUUUAAAACUAUAUCUUUUGCACCAUGCAUUAUUCAGAUGUAUGUGUUUGGAUUAGGCUUUGUGAUGGAGGUGUUUACUAUUUCUGUCAUGGCUUUUGACCGAUUACUUGCCGUAAUUAAGCCACUGCAUUACCAUUCAAUUUUGACAAAUGUUCGUUCUGUAAUACUCACUUUCAUACUGUGGAUUCUGGGUUCUGCUGCAAUAUCUGUCAUACCUGGAACUGUUCUUCCUCUAUCAUUUUGUUACUCUACACUUAAAUUCAUGUUUUGUGAUUAUGGAUCUGUUGUCAGAGCCACCUGUGUAGAUCCUAACCCAUAUUUUGAUUUAAUGGCAAUUGUAACUUUCAUUCUACUGUUUGGAACAUUUAGUUUCAUCUGUGUGUCUUAUAUAAUGAUAGUUCUUGUCGUUUUCAAAAUGAACUCAAAAGGUAGCAAGAAAAAAGUAUUUAACACAUGCUUUAGUCAUUUGAUGGUUGUAGUGUGUUAUUACGGGCCUACUUUUCUUAUAACCUUUUUAACUAGGACAGGUAUAGUUCUUACUUUAGAGAUGCGACAUGGGUUCAGAAUUGGCACAAUUCUUGGUCCGUCCUUAGUAAAUCCUUUUAUAUAUUCUUUUAGAACCAAAGAGAUUAGAAACAAAAUACUGAGAACUGUGAGAGUUGGCAGAAGCAACGAAUGA